AUGGAGAGCCUGGGGAUGGAUAUGAAUAUGACUAUGAACAUGAAUAUGUACAUGGCCAUGACUUUUUAUAAUGAUCAUAAUUUUGUUGUCUUUUUUGACAGGUAAAUCUCACUUAGUUGGCACGUUGACAAUGAUGCGAAAUAUGCAGGGGCUAUUAUUCUUCUAUUCCUCGUCUCAAUGGGACUAGAAUUUCUGCAUUUCCUGCUUAAAUUGGUUACUGUCUAUCAAAUAAAAGCCCAAAAAACAAUUCAAAAUCUGAUUUUCUAUAAUUUCGGCUAUGGCAUUAUUUAUUUCUUGUGGGUUUCCCUCGCAUAUCUCUUAAUGCUUGCCAUAAUGACUUAUAGCACUGGAGUAUUCUGCGCCAUCACCACAGGCAUCACUUUUGGUCAUUUUUUGUUCAGAAUGAUUGAACAUAAAACUCCUAUAGCAAACGAAAGUUUGUCACAAGAACUAGUAGUAAAAAACCCAUGCUGCUAG